CGACUUUUUUUUCCUCCACCGAGACGAAAAACAGUGACCCACAGCCAAAAUGAGACUGUUCCUGGCAGUUGCCGUGCUGAUGCUGGCUCUUGUUGCAUACACAGAGGCUCAGGAUGACACCCUCGAGGCCAAGCUCAACAAGAUUAAAGAUCAGUUCACCGAGAUGGGAUCGAACCUGGCUGACCACCUGAGCACCACCUUCAGGAAUGUUCAGGACAGUGACACCAUCGAAUCCAUCAAAUCCUGGUGGGCACAGCAGCUGGAGAGGCUCAAGCAGUAACUUCCUGACUAGACCGUCACACAUGUCCAGUAUCUUCACCUGCAGCCUGGCCUUAGUCACUCAGGAGGCCGAGAUGUGGCAUGGAGCCGUUUACUGACCAGACCAGACGGUUACAUCGCUUUGCUGUGAAGUUUUUGUUUCUAAUAUUGUUACUGUGGUUAAUCCUGCUGUGAAAAAAAAAGUGCAAUAAAGCUGUGCUGUAAUGUUUUAAUAUGAAUGAAUUAUUUGUUGGCAUGUAAACAAAAUGAGAACAAUACUGAAAUCUGAAACGUUCAGACAAUUGUAUUAAACAUGCAUAAAUAAAA